CAAAAGCAACCAAACAGACAACGUAAUUGUUUGGCAACCGAAUCGAAUACCAACCAAAUUUCAUUUACGAGUUGUUUCCGCAAGAAACCCAAACAUCAUAUAAAAUCGGUGGGCAGAGAGGCCUGGAAGCGUUUAAAAGACUUGCACGAUCGCCAGCAAAGGCGACGUCGACUACUAACCCACGAGGAUAAUCCCAUCCUAUAUACGAACAUCAAUAGCGAAGACGUAACCUUGUUAAUACCUAUAUCUAAGAAGAGACUAAGCGGUGCAAUACCCAAGCCAAAAGACGCACCCGAAGGGGAUACUGAGGACACAGAGGACACCAACUGCUCCGUGUUCCAGCUAAGAGAGUCGCAAUUUCAGCGAGAUCUACGAAUCCAUCCCUACACAGACACCAAUGUAGCACGUUGUGGUGGAGGGAAACAGAGAGUCCAAGAAGUAGCAGAAGAUAUUGCCAUCAUGCCUAGCGAUAAAGAGAGUCAAGAAACCAAUCCCCUGAACAAUAACAACACAAAUGGAAAUGGAAACGGAAGUGCAGGUGGCAGUGGGAGUGGCAAUGGGAGCACACAAAGCAAACCAAAAAUCCAGCCCAAGUACAGCAUCCAUCGGGAUGUGCUCACCCACGAGUUGGUCAUCAAGGAGACGGGCUACGCGGCACGCGACAAGAGCAUACCCUCGUCCCUGCGCAGCUGCUGGCAGAGCUGGAACUUCUUCGCACUCUUCACGGGCGUGAUACCCAUCCUGCAGUGGCUGCCCAAGUACUCGCUCAGGCGGGAUCUCGCUGGCGAUGUCAUUGCCGGCUUUACGGUGGCUAUUAUGAACAUCCCUCACGGCAUGGCCUACGGCCUCCUGGCCGGUGUCUCCGCUGGCAACGGCCUAUACAUGGCUGUCUUUCCGGUGCUGGUCUAUCUGCUGCUCGGCACGUCCAAACACAUAUCGAUUGGCACCUUUGCGGUGGCCAGCAUGAUGACGCUUAAGGUGGUGCAGACUUACGCCACUGUGGAUUCCACGGGCUCCCCACUGACGGCGCCUACGAAUGUUACAAUGACAGGGGCGCCCCUGCUGCUGGCCAACGCCACGGCGGCGAGCCUUACGCCGCCGGUGGAUGUGAUCACAAACCUGGAGGUCGUCACAUCCCUGGCCCUGGCGGUGGGCAUUGUAAAUCUGUUGAUGGCCUUCUUAAGACUGGGCACGCUGGCCUCCCUGCUGAGUGAUCCGCUGGUGAAUGGAUUUACGACGGCGGCCGCCUGUCAUGUGGUCACGGCGCAGCUGAAGGAUGUACUGGGCAUCGAGGUGGAGCGGUACAAGGGCGCUUUCAAGAUCGUUUACACGCUGAUCGAUGUGGUCAAGAGCGUGCCGCAAACGAAUCUGGUCAACUUUGGCUUCUGCGUGGGCGUGAUCGUCUUCAUGGUGAUAUGCAACGAGUGCCUGAAGCCGUACCUGAGCAAACACUGUCGCCUGCCGCUGCCCGCCGAGCUGAUAGCCGUGAUUGGUGGCACCCUGAUCUCGAAGUGCUUCGAUCUGUAUCCGCAGUUCGACGUGAAGCUGGUGGGAGUGAUACCCAGCGGUUUGCCGGAGCCCGUUCUGCCGCGCCUCGAUCUCGUGCCGAAGGUGGCCCUGGACUCGAUUGCCAUUGCCGUCGUCACCUAUUCGAUCAUCAUGUCCAUGGGCCUCACAUUCGCCCGCAAGCACGGCUACGAGGUGCGCGCCAAUCAGGAGCUCUUUGCCAUGGGCAUUGGCAACAUUGUCGGCGGCUGCUUCUCCUGCAUACCCAUGGCCUGUUCGCUGUCACGAUCGGUCAUCCAGGACCAGACGGGCGGCGUGUCGCAGAUAGCCUCCCUGGUAUCUGCCUCCCUGGUGGUGGUCACCCUCAUGUGGAUUGGACCCUUCUUCAGUGACCUGCCACGGUGCGUUCUUGCUGGUGUGAUCAUAGUGGCGCUGAAGCCGAUGUUCAUGCAGGCCAGGGAGCUGAAGAAGUUCUCCAAGCAGGGCAAGCUGGAGAUGUUCACCUGGAUAUCCACCUUCCUGUGCGUGGUGCUCAUCGACAUAGACAUUGGUCUGCUGAUCGGCAUCUGCAUCUCUCUGCUGGCUCUGUACAUUAAGGGCCUGAAGCCGUACUCCUGUCUGCUGGGCUACAUGCCCGAGUCGCCCGGCAUCUACAUGGACCUCAACCAGCACCGCAACGCAAUGCAAGUGCCCGAGACGCGGAUCUAUCGCUACAGCGGAUCCCUCAACUUUGCCACCAGUCUGUUCUUCCGUCGGUCGCUGUACGAGGCGGUCGGCCUGGACAAGAUGCCGCUCAGCAGCCCCAGUCCGAGCAGGACGGCAGGCAACAAGUCCAGCUAUUCGCCUGUGUCGCAAAACGGGGGCAAGGCCAACAAUGGCCAGCUCGUGGAGGCUUCGGACAUGUUCAAGAUCCUCAUACUGGACUUCUCCAUGCUGGGACACAUAGAUGUGGCUGGCUGCCGCACGCUCAGUGACCUGAGCAAGGAGCUGAAGGUGAGGGGAGCACGUCUCCUGCUGGCUAGCCCCGUGGAUCGGGUAUACGACACACUGGUGCAUAGCAUGGCCCUCAGCGAGGGCCCCUUCGAGAUUUUUCCCACCUUGCACGAUUGCGUCGAGUAUGCCAAUGCCUGUCGAACUGCGUGAGAGUCGUCGUCCCCACGCAGGGACGAUGUGGAGCGGGGAGCACGCGUUUUGUGAUAUGUCCAAGUGAUAGCUUGCGAAUCGUAGCACCAAAACCCUUUUCUAGCUGCUAAGUCCUAUUUUAAACUGAAUGCAAACAAACGUAAGCGUCAACAAUCAAUCGUAAGUGCGCGUAAGUGUCUCCUCAAAGAGUUUACAACAACCCAAACGCCGGAUACAAUAAUAGAUUUUGUACUUAAAGUCAGGUCAAGCACUUAAGCACCGAAGACACGAUCAAUUUAUUUAUUGAUUUUGCAAUGCAAUUUGUACCAAAAUGAACACACAGUUAGAUCCUAAGGAUAUGUAAAUUGUACAUAAAUAUAAAACUGAAACUGUUAUCAUUUA